UCAAUAAUAUUCUUAUUACAAACAGAAAUAACGCAUAUUUAUAUGACAAAUUCAGCCUUCACAGAAGCCCAUCUGCCAACACUACCAAUUCGAAUCUCCAGUGGCCUACUUCGUGGUACUGUUGCUCUGGAUAACUCGCAUGUCAGAUAUCACGGUAUACCUUAUGCAGUUGCAAAUAGAUUUGAGAGUCCAAAACCAGCACUAAAAUGGGAAGGUAUUCUUGAUGCAAUCAAUGAAUACAGUUUUUUAGGUUAUGUUAUAGGAAAUGAAGACUGCUUUACUCUUAAUGUUUACGUCUCAAUAGAGCGAAGGAAUCGGCCUUACCCCGUGAUGGUAUUCAUACACGGCGGAAGCUUUAGAGAUGGAUCUGGAUCACCUUACAUUUACGGACCAGAAUUUUUGGUCAACCAUAAUGUUAUUCUGGUUACAUUAAAUUAUAGUCUUCAAGUUUUAGGCUUUCUUUGAUUGGGCAUAAAGGAAGCUCAAGGAAAUAUGGGCUUAAAAGAUCAAGUAGAAGCUCGCCGUUGGGUGAGAAAAAAUAUCAUAGCUUUUGGAGGUGAUCCCGAUAAUGUAACAUUAUUUGGUGAGAGUGCAGGGUCCGCCUCUGUGCUCUUUCAUAUCUUAUCUCCGAUGUCCAAAGGUUUAUUUCAUAAAGCUAUAUUAGAAAGUGGUUCUGCCAUGUCAUUUUGGGCGACACAGUUUAACCCUAAGCAUAUAGCAUUUCAACUUGCACAACAAUUGAAAUACAACACGACGGAUGUACGUGAAGUUUGAUAUUUUAAAAAAAAAUCUUCAGUGGAGUUACUCAGCACAAGGGUGCCUAGAUCUAAAGAAAAUAUAGUGCAAUCGGAAACUAUAUUUGUCCCUUGUAUUGAGACUUCGAUACCUGGAACUGAAGCAUUUUUAAUAGAGAGUCCCUAUGUUGUACUUAAUAGCGGCAAAUUUAAUAAAUUGCCUGUAAUAUUGGAUUUAAUAACGUAGAAGGAUAUAUGUUUGUGGGAAAGGAGAAUACAACAACUAAGUCCGUGUUUAACUUCCUUGACUCGCUACCACGAGAUUUACAAUUUCCAAAUAGUAGUGCAAGGUUAGAGACUGCAGAAAAUCUAAAAAAACAUAUAUUCUUCCAAAGAAAAUACUUCAGAAAUCAGUGUAGACAGCUUAGUCCAAUAUGAAGGUGAUGCUGGAAUUAGAUUUCCUGUAGUAUCUACAACGGAUUUGUUACCUUAUUUAUUUAACGUAGACGGUUUUUGGCAAAUAGCAACAUUGGAGAUGAAAAUGAUUGAUAAAAUGUCAACUAUGUGGAGCAAUUUUGCAAAAUAUAGUAAUCCAAUCCCAUUCAAGACGGCGCUGCUUCCUGUAAAGUGGGAACCGGCGACCCUCAAGGAACCCAAGCUGUUAGUCAUUAAUACGCACCUGUCUACCGCGCCCUUAUGGGAAGAUGAUGCUUUGUUACUAUUAAAUGAAACCUGCUCCAAAUAUAGAAAACUAAAUUAAUAUACACUGGCGAAGAAUAUUAAUUUUAA